AUCAUACUGUUGUAGCAUUAUAUUGAUUUCUUGAUGGGUAGAUAGCACCUACAAUUUAGCAGUGGGAAAAGGCCUUUUGGAUUAUGGGAUAUAAAGUGUGCCCAUUCAUUCAAAGACCAGAUAGUUGUUAUUUUUUCUUCUCUAGGGCCAGGUAUUUCCAGCAACUACCUAUUCCCAGAUUCCAUGGGUCUGCCAAGACAUUCCAGGAUCCCUUCAGGCCUCUCUACAGGAGGGACAAAAGAUGCAAUAGAUUAUUACAAGAUCCUGGGGGUCACUCGAAAUGCCUCCCAUGAUGAUAUUAAAAUGGCGUACAGAAUGCAGCUGAAGAAGUGGCAUCCUGAUAAAAACCCUGAUAACAAAAAAGAGGCUGAAGAGAAGUCAAAGGAGAUAAUGGAAGCAUACAAAGUGCUGUCAAAUGAGAACAAGUGUAACCUUCCCUACUCCCUCAGGGAUAAACAGAAUGAAACUGGUGUGCUGUCUGCUCGUGAGAAACCCAAGAAUAGUAGCCCAAGAGAAGAGGAAUCCCACACAAAAUUGGAUAAACAGAGCAUUCAGGGAGCUGAGUCCACUUCAGAGAAUGACAGUGGCUCCUGUUCUGAAUAUGAUGACUCAUCCUUUGAUUCUACCGAUGAGUCAUCACAUUUGGAGGAUAGUCUUGAAUCUGGAGAGUCGCCCAGUGAAUCAAGUUCUGGGCCCAGUUCUGAAAGUAGUGAGUUUUCUGAGUCCAGCGAACUGAGUUCAGACUCAGAGUCUGAGUUUAGCAAUUCAGUCCCUAGCAAGCCCCUUCCUUUGUGUGUGUGGGAGAAGUCCCACCCAAAGAAUAACAAGACAAAGCAAAAUAAAUUAUCUGCCAAAGAAGCAGAUUUUCAGGCCAGGAAUUGUCUCAGGAGGCAGGACGGAAGAAAUGGAUUGUGGACCGAGAUGAAAACCAGGUCUGCUGUGAAAAGCGAGCUGCGUGCUAGGAACAGGAGGUCCAGUCGAGAGGCUUUUCAUGAGAAUAGUGAGAAUUGCAAUGGGAAGAGAAGGGCUCAGAGGGGAAAGAGUAGGCUGUACAAAGAAAAAAUUAAGCAGGAUGAAAACCUAGAGAUCCAAACUGGGAACCUCAAGCUCCCAAAACUAGAAACUGAACAAUAUAGUGGGGAGAGAAAGAGAUAUACCAUUAAGAAAAAAAAGCAGAAUGGGAGACCUGAGUUUCAGAGCAAGAAAAAGCUUCUGAAAGGGAAGACUGAUAGUCCUCCUGGAAAGCAUGAAGUGCAAAUUAAGAAGCCUCCAGCACGGAAGAGCAGGUCUUGUCCCAAAGAGGAGCUGGACGCCAGAACUGGGCAGAAAGAAAGACUUGACCAACCUGAUUUAGGUCCUGGAUACGUGAGAUAUGCUAGAAAGAAUACUGUUUCAUUGUCCCCCCAAAAGGGAGUGCGGGAUGGGAAGGCAGAUGUGCAAUCACAAAAGAGCAAGCUGAAAAUUGGUAAGACAAGAUAUCCUCAAAAGAAAGAGGUUCCGAUUAGGAGAAGCCAGUUGCCUGCACAGAAAAGCAAGGUGAACAUCCAGAAAAAUGAUCUACCUGCUACCAGGAACAGCGUGGAUGUCCAAAAAAGGGAACCUCAGGCUGGGAAGAGCAAGAUAAAUGUCCAAAAAAGUGGAUGGCCUGAAGGAAAAGUGAGAAAAGCAGCCCCUGGGGCCAAAGAGAAAGUUGUGGAGAGCAGCAGGCCAUCUUACACAUGGAAAGUACCAGCUACCGUCUGGCUUGGUCCAGCAGAAAAUGCAAACAGCUUUCCAUUUGGUGAGACACCUGAAUUACUGUGCAGCCAAACAGCUUUACCAGAUAAAAAAAAACCAUAUGGAACAAAUCCACCUUUGCAUAAUAACCAGGGGGCAAAUAUCCAGGCGUGGAAUAGAAUAAACCAAUUACAUCUGAAGAAGAACUUCCUUCCACACAUUGGGGCUGCAGUGCAGGAGGGGAAGACCUGGUCCCCAUAUAUAAACAGUCCCACUGAAAUAUGUUCUUCAGAUGCCUCAUUUUCCUGUCCAAGAUGUUCCCAGUGCUGGUGCAAGUGGUUUCACCAUAGUCUGUGA